UAAAAAUCAAUAUCGAAAUUAUGUGACAGACAUGAGAGAGAGAAAGAGAGAGAGAGAGAGAGAGGGUGAUAUGGUCGACGAUAGGACAAUCCCGCGAUAUUUUAUUCUUUUUCUUUUUUUUCCCUCCCUCUCCUUCCAUUUUUCUUGCGUAUUUUCCGCUUUUGUUAUCCAGAAUCCUAGCGAUUACGAAUCGACCGAUCGAUUGAUCGUAUUAAUCGCACGAAAGCGUCGCUUACCGCUCUCCAGCGUGACAUAGUUUUCUCCAUGGGAUUUAUGUAUGUAUGUGUGUGUGUGUGUGUGUGUGUGUGUAUGCAUAGUUAGAGCUGCGAAUCACAGUCCAUCAUAAUGCAUUAUCUCUCAUUUCUACUAUACCCUCGUAAUACAAAGUGACGCGCUUCCUUAUAUCGUAGAAUAGUAUAAGCGGAGCUUAUACGGUAAUCUUGUAGACAUUCGCUUCCGCCUUUGAUCCAUCCUUUCUCAUGGAUCUUGUUCGUUAUCGAUCAUACGUUUACAGCUUACGCAUUAUACUAAUCGCUUCCUUCCUAACCUAAGGGUAUCAGUCAUUUCAAUGUACAUUUAAAUAUAAUGGUCGGUACGAUGCAUUUUCUUUACUUUUAAGUAAAAUAAAAUAUUACACGAAGAGUAAAGCAAUGAAAGAGAAAAGAAAAAAUCACAUACACAGGGACGUACGCGCGCGCACAUACACACACACGCGCACACACACGUACACAUAUAUCCAUAGACGAAUCCACCAAAGAAAGAUCGAAGUUGUAAGACUCUUGUAGAAUAUUUUUGACAACGCAACCCUUUGGAUUUAAUCGUCGGGAGUUCCCGAUUGCCGUGGAAGCCUUGUGACUCGGCCCGUUAAUUGGAUUUGACAGGAGGGGCAGCAAAUUGAAUUAGCAGACGAUUCUCGGUUAUUUACGUGUGUCAGGCAAUUCUCCGUUGAACGCGUCAAGAGGGGUUCGGACUUUACGUCCGCUAUGCUGCGCUUUGAGAGAGACGGAUAGAGGGAGGGGGGGGGGAGAGAGAGAGAGAGAGAGAGAGAGAGAAUUGUGCUCGUUCGAUGCUAUACCAUGGAUGAAGUGUACCGCUACCAUGGACCACCAGUCUUGUUAAUCUAAUAUACAAGGUGUCUUCCUAGUAACAUGUAGGAUUUCAGUGAUUCAUAUCAAUAAACUUACUUGUUUCGAAGAUAUAUCAAAGGUCCAUAACUUUCAAUAUAAAUUUAACGAUUUAUUUUAAUAAACAAAAUCAUAAAUAUAAUCUCUAAUGGCAAAUCUUAAACGAUUUUAUAUCUUUUAUAAAACUUAAAAGUGUUAAUCGAGACAACUCACUCAAUCGAGUGACCUCCAUCGUUUGUAGAGCGGGCGAGAGAAAAAAAGGAAAAAGAAAAGGUGAAGUAAGAAAGAAAAAAAGAAAAAAAAAAAAAAAGAAAAAGAGUAAAGUAAGCACUUGCCGUCGCGCGAGCGAUCACCUCGAUUACAAAGAAUACGGUAUAACAGUAGAACGAAGUUUCUCAAGAGAGCGUGUGCCUGUACUUUCGGUUAGAGGAUAAGAGAAGAAAGAAGAAAGAAGAUAAAGGAAAGAGAGAAUUUGUCGAAAGGAAGGAAGAGAAUGCUCGGAAAUUCCCUGGGAUACUUCCCAUGAAGAUAUGUAAUUAAAGCAACGAAAGACCGACGGAUUCUUGCGCAACAAGCAAAGAUCGAUCUUUGCCCUCGAAAUAUAAAUAUAAUAGGAUGAAACGGAAGAAAAUUCAUCCACGUACUUACAUAUACAUACACACAGACGUUUAUAUAUAUACACAUACAUACAUAAGACGUUCAAAUAAUAACUCAUUGUUUUACUCUCGUUAUUCCAUAAGAACUGAAAUAAAUUUUGUUGGUUUUCGAUAAUAAGCAAAACGAUAGAAUUCCGAUCGUAAAACGUCAUUCUUCUUCUCCCUCUUCUUCUUCUUCUUCUUCUUCUUCUUCUUUCAUUUCUCUCUGCAUAGCAUUUAAUUUACUAUUUUUUAAUUUACUAAUCUUUUUCAGCAAAGGGAACAUGAUGCGAUAUAAACCUGUGCAAAUAAAAAAAAACGGAAAGAGAGAGAGAGAGAGAGAGAGAGAGAGAGAGAGAGAGAGAGAGAAAGUAUACAUCCUUGGAAAAGGGUCCUUAGAAAAUAGAACGAGAUGAAAGCGAAUCUCUUGAAUGUCGCUAGCGAUUGGAUGGACGAGAAGAAAAUAUUAUAGUAUAGAUGACGCUAGUGAGUCAUUAAGAAGAUUCUACAAUAAUAACGAUGUAGUUCGAAAAUAAACACAUGGUCUUUCAUACAUGCGGUCUAACCACGAAUUCAAUUUUUCGAUUUGCAAUCGAAUGAAACGAAAAAAAUGACUGAAGAAGAUUUAAAUAAAAUACUUACCGAUUUACGAGUGUCGAAGAGAAGCGGUGAAUUAGAUAACCAUGAAAAGUUUAUUAACCAACGUGAUAAAUGGAGGAAUACGAUAGAUUACAGUGUGUUAGAAACAUGUGUCAAACAUUACAAUGAAGGUGUUAGAUUGGAUGCCCUCGCCCUUCUUGUUGAAUCCAAAAAGAGUACAUUAAAAUUUACCAAUGCCGAGUUAGAUAUUAUAUUUUUAUUUCUAAUGUAUAAUCUUGGAGAAAAGUUUGAAUAUGUGCCAUUUGUUAAAAAGGCCUUAAAACGAAUAAAGGAUAGCUUAAACGUUAUGAAGAGGACUUUACUGCAACAAUCAAAAAGCAGGGUUAACGAUUCACCAGUAAAAAUAGAUAAUUAUGAAGCUUCUUAUAAAGUUAUUCAUGAGAUAGAAGUGUAUAAUGCAUUCUUUUUAAAUUUAAGAGACUUAUGCGUAAACAAUUUAUAUCCGGAUGCCACGUAUUCUCGUAGAAAGAAUAGUUUGCAAAUACUCUGCAUUAUGUUAGAAUUUUUAGAUUACGAAUUUAGAGAUAUUACUUGGAAUUCUAAACAAGCAGAGAAAAUAUUUAUGUGCUUGCUAUUAGACACAUACGAGGCCAAUAAAGAGAUGGCUUUUAAAAUAUUGAAAUCUAUUAAUCCAAUUAUUUUGGGUUUGGACGCAGAAAAUCGUCUUUGUGAAAUGAUCAAUGUUGCAACAGAUUUGGGUAAUAGUAUUAGACCGAUAGACAGUAUAACUGCAGCAUAUAUGUUUAAAAUAUGUAUGCUCUCGCCUUUAUUGCAAAACGUUCUUUGCGAAUAUUAUAAUAUGAAUCAGUUUCCUAAUGGAAUUGCAGAAUCUCAUAUUUUGCAGUUGAUAUUAUUUCUGAUAAGAAGAUUAGAGGUGUCUCUGAUGGCAGCGAAAGAAAAUAUAGUAAUGGCAGUUACAAGGUAUUCUCUUUACGGAUAUCUCUUUUGUUUGAGAAGUUUAAUAUCCAAUUGUGACUUGAGUAUCGUAGGUACAGAAAAAUUAUGGCAAGAAACAAUUUCUAAGCUUAUAUUGAUGUGCUUUGAGCUGAAUAAAGUAGUUUCGAUAAUAGUGAAUAAUUCAUCCCCUGAGGGACACUUACCAAUGGAUUUGAGUCCACAUACUACCAAUGGUUUAUUUUUUAAUCCAGAGAAGGAGAUAAUAACCCCACAAAUGAUACUUCUUUGUUCAUGGCGUACGGUAAAAGAGGUCAGCCUUUUGUUCGGUCAAUUGGCAAUUAAAUCAACCAUAUCUAGUCACAACGUGUCAGGGGAAUUAUUGACUGAAAAUCAAAUUAUCCAAAUAGGAGAACAUCUGGUCACUCUUCUUAGCGAAACAAAACACAGAGGUGCGUUUGAACAAGCGUACGUUGGUUUCAAUCAAUUGUGCACACGUUUAUGGCGCAUAGAGAAUACUACUUUAAAUCAAUUACCAAAACUUUGGUUACAUCAAAUUUUGUUAGCGAUAACUGGCCUAUUGCCUGGCAAUUUCAAAUUUUGUGCAACCAGAAGAAGCGCAGGAGUACCGUUUAUGGUUCAAGCACUCGUAUCUUCCGAAUCUUCUAUUCAAUACAAUCCAGAUAUCUCGGCAUUGCACUCUGUUAUGAAAAUAUUGUUAGGAUUCACUGAACUCGAGGAUAACGUAAACGUUUGGAAAGACAUAAAACGUGUGGUUUAUGAGAAAACUAUAUUUUCGGAAUUUGAAAAUUUUAUCGAUCUAUCGAGAACGGAUAUAAACGAAAGUUCAUGCGAGGAUAACAAAAUACAAGUUACCGAAAUAAAAACUCACGCUUUGAACAUUUUGAGAGCUUUGUUUAGACACUCCCCGCUGGGCGAUUCCGUUAAAACUUUUAUCGCCGAUGGUGUAAUAGCGGCAUUUAAAAAUUACGAUGGAAAAUCUUGGGCAGAACGAAAUGCAGCAACUUUGUUGUUCAGUGCACUGAUCAUUCGAAUUUUCGGCGUGCAGAGAACAAAAGAUCAUAUCAAUCUAACGGCGGACAACAAAAUGACGGUUUCUCAAUGUGCGAAGUCACCCGUCUGCAAAACUCGCGAAUUAGCAGCCAGAGCCCUCGUACCAAUGAUGACGGAAACAAGCGCUACUAAUAUUAUUAAAAAAUUAUUUGAAAUAGUAACUUCUGGAGAAAUAAGUCAUUUGUCAUUGAACGCCAUGCACGGUUACAUGUUACAGAUCCUGGAAAUAGUAAAAAGGCUAAGAGUUAUAAAGCAAAAGUUAACGUCCACGGAUCUUUGUUCAUUUUUCGAAGGUACAAUAUGGAUUUUAAGGAACUUGGAGAUAUAUAGCAAUGGUCCAGUUUGCUUUCCAUUAGCUACAGCUUACUUAGAUACCCUUCACGAAUUACUUAAAGCGGAUUAUAAGAUGAUUACGGAUACGAUCUUAUUAAAUAUAUCGAGUACAUUAAAACGACACAUCUUGGAACAUAAUAUAUUAAAGCAGGCACCGAGUCAAGAAAUUUAUAAAGUUUCUGCUGUUAAAUUAAUCGUUUAUAUAGGACAGAAUUAUGUGUUCAAUAUUACGGCUAGAAUACAUUUACAUAUAUUAAGCGUACCCGAACCCGAAUUGCAAACGAUCGCAUGGUCGACGAUAAUAGAAGUUAUAAACGGUGCUACUUGUCCUCACGAAAAGAGAUUGUUGAACGAUCGGGCUAUCGACGUUGCUUGCAAUUCUAUAUCUUAUCUUCCUAAAUAUAAUCCUGAAUUGCAAGAUGCGAUUUUCGAUUUUCUUUACGCUAGCCUAAUGUUUAUGGACAAAUCUUCGACCACGGAGGAUCGCUACGAUAAACAAGAAAUCUGUUAUCUGGUCUUGAACAAGAUGAGAAUUAAUAAUCAGAGGCAUAGUUAUUGCGAAAGAAAUAGUUACUUGAGAUUGCUUGGUAAAUCUUACAGCACAUUGCAUUGCGAAUUGAAGGACAAUACAAUUUCGAUAGAAUGCACGGAAGACGUUUAUAGCAAUUUUUGCGACAAUUCUUGGAUCGGUAGUUUAGAAGUGGAUUUCAGAAGAUCCGUCUUUGAAAUAAUGUAUCAACUUUAUUACACGAACACGGACGUUAGCCGGCAAUAUUCACCGUUGUUAGGAUGGUGGACAACUGUCUUACAAUUAUUGGUCGACGAUAACAUGGAAGUAAGAAGAGAGGCAUCUCGGUUAGUUUGUAAAAUCGAAUCGAACGGUGCACUGGAAUGCGUCUCUGCGAUGAUUCAAACGUUUUUCGAACAAUUUUAUAAUAUCGUUGGUACCAAAUAUCCAAGCGUUGCGGUAGUUGCGUUAUUUUGUUGGGGCACAUCGUUAUCCGGUAACAUGGAUUACGAAAUGGACGAGACCGAUGUAUUCAACAAGUGUAAGAAUUACGACUGUUUCGAGCCAGUGCAAUUGUCGAAUACGUGCGUACAAUUCAUUAAAGCGAUAACCAAACGUUAUUCCCUCGAUAGUCCAUUACCGAUGGAUGCGAUGCGCUGGUUGACCUUUCACCUGAAUCUGGAUCUAACGAAGGCUACGAGCUUUCGCAAGCUCGUAUCGUCAUACGGCGAUUACGUACCUGUUAUCGAAAAGCAACUACGUGAUAUCUUGGAUCCAACAUAUAAGGACAAACUCCUUCAGAUUUUGGCAUACGAAAAAUACGCUUCAUUACAUUCCCAGGAAUGUUAGUCGUUAAAAAGAGAUUUAAUGUAAAUAGAUUUAAGUAAGGCACAUUGGAUGCUAUCCUAUUUCGGGCUAGUUUGAUCCUGAGAAAUAGACAAAUAGACAAAUAAAGGAUAAUUUUCCAAAGUGCGUCUAAUCUCGAACGUAUUUACUUAAAAAAAAAAAAAAAAAAAAAAAAAAAAUCAAUCAUUUCUUUACAAUUUCAUAAUAACAAU